AUGUCUUCAGGCGACGGUCCGCCGCCGCUCUCACUGCGGCCGUUCCCCGUUGCCGACCAAAAGCCCAAGAAUCUCGCCGAGUUCAUCGCUCGAGUCAACGCCCAGCCCGGCGGCUUCCGCUCCGUAACAGAAGACAAGCUCCGCGAAGAUUUAAAAAGUAGCGAGAAUUCCGACGGAGCGGCCGAUCACGAUGAGGACAUGUCUGAUGCUGGGGCGGACAACGACGUCGCGGAGAAGGAUCCCAACGUUGCGCGCAUGGAGGUCCUGAAGAAUAUCGACAUAGCCAGUAAUAUUGCUCUGUUGACUCUCGACUCCAUGUCCCUCCUCCUCUCCAAACAGAACCCGACACAAGCUGGCUUGACCCUAUCUCAGCAGCUACGCGACAUGGUCGGCAUUGGUACUCUCGGCGCGGACAGACUCAAUGACUCCAAUUCCACACCGGCCAAGACAAAAGAUCAGGAGGCGGUUGCUAUGGGCUGGACCAUUAUGGAAAUCAACAAGACGAGGGACUCCGCACAAGAGGCUGCUGCGUUCUUGGGAAAGGAGAUCAGUGCAGAGAGCAAAUACUGGGAAGACAUCAUUUCAGUCAGGAAAGCUGGCUGGUCUGUAUGCAAAGUCCCGCAGGAGAGGCACACUUUGGGUGUGAGAUUUGGCUUUUCAGAGGCCGCUCCCGAAUUCAAGAAUAACGGCCUAGCGCCUAUGAGACGUGGUGACAAUGGGUCGACAGACCUUGAUUUUGGUCGAUUAGGCGGCGUAUCAGAAGCUCUUGUCGUGACGUACGAAAGAGAUGGCAAGGUGCUUGGGAGAUCCACCACUCGACCAGCCUCAGAAGAUGGCUCGUUGGAAUCACGAGUUCUAGAAGCACGCAACACCAUCUUCUCACAAGAACUCUGGCACGAAUUGACCAAAGAGUCGCGGUCGCUAGCCGCCUACGAUGUCAGGCCUGAAGGAAAGAAAUUGGUUUGCCAGGCAGACGACACAACGAAAAUCACCUUUGAGCUACUACCCUUGGAAUCAUGCCCCUCCCAUGACGAGAACCUUCCGGAGAAUGGCCUGGCAGAAAAGACGUCCAUGGCGUUGCACGUUCUCCUCAGCUAUGCUCAUCGGUAUAACGAGCUCAUGAGGAUUCGGCCUGUUCCGCCUCACAUCUCUCGCACCUCUCGCCAGCAAUCCUACGCCCUCCUUCGCCCCGUCCUCGCACGCACAAUGUACCUCAAGAACAUUGAGGAAUCCAUGCAAUACGUCGGCUCUCUAGUGAAGACUCUUCAAAAGGCCGGCCUCCCAUCAUCAGUCAUCCUACGCACAACUCAAGCCAGCGCCUCCGACCCCAAUUCCCGUGGGCCGAACCAGCUCUCCGCAUCACAGACUCUGGUCCGCAAUCUUCUGCAGACGCAAGACUUUACCCUCGAACUCACCAUCCUGCCCGAGAUAUCCUUCAUCAUUCGAGCCCGUGCGUUUAGCUUCCCCGUCACGGCGACGUACUACUACAUCCUCCUCCCGCCCUCGUCGCCUCUCCCGACCUUGUGUCCCCCUUGGGCGGAAGGCUAUCCCAGCGUCCGAACCCUAGGCGACUACCUCCGCACCGUCGUCGUCCGCGUCCUCACCAACCACUUCGUCACUCUGCACGCUUCCGGAGCAUUAUCGCACGACGAAUCAACCGCCACCGUUGCAGAAACUGCAUCCAAUCGGGAUCCCGUCGACAAAUCCAACAUCGACAUCCACUUUUCCAUGGAACACGAAGACAACGACGAACUAGCCCUAUCACUCAGCAGCCCCUCGCCAAACGGAACCUCCAACACGUGGAAGUGGUCCGUCGGCAGAUCUAGUGAAACGCGUUCGGCCAAGGACGUCAUCGAGUUGGUCGCCAAGGAGCAAGAGCUCGCUUAG